ACAUCGGUCAAGUAUUGCGCACGCGCAAAUCAUGCUAAAAGCGACGUGGGAAAUUUGUUCAUUGCUAUCAACAGAUUUGUAGCUAAAAUGUGUUUUUAGAAGAAUUUUGCUUUUCUAUUAAUCAUCAGCGGUGACAGGCACGGUGGUCGUUUAGAUAUUCAUUCUUCUCAUUGGUUCACUCAGCAUGAAGAUCGCUGUAGAAGGCUGCUGCCACGGGGAGCUGGACAAGAUCUAUGAGACAAUCGACUACCUAAAAAAGAAGGAAGGAGUCAAAGUGGACCUGCUGCUCUGCUGUGGGGAUUUUCAAGCAGUUCGAAAUGAAGGGGACUUGAAGUGCAUGGCGGUACCAUUCAAGUACAGGACGAUGCAGACCUUUUACAAAUAUUACUCCGGGGAGAAGAUGGCUCCGCUGUUGACCAUCUUCAUUGGAGGGAACCAUGAGGCUUCCAACCACCUACAGGAGCUGCCUUAUGGAGGCUGGGUGGCCCCCAACAUUUAUUAUUUAGGUUAUGCUGGUGUCGUUCGGUACAAAGGGAUUAGAAUCGGUGGCUUAUCUGGAAUCUUCAAAUCACAUGACUACAGAAAGGGUCACCAUGAAUUUCCCCCGUACAAUCCUGAAACUCUUCGAAGCGUCUACCACACCAGAAAUAUUGAAGUUUUCAAAAUAAAGCAGAUUCAGAUGCCACUAGACAUUUUCUUAAGCCACGACUGGCCUCGGGGAGUCUGUUACUAUGGAAACACGGCAGAGUUGUUGAGGAAGAAGAAGUUUCUGCGUCAGGAUGUGGAGUCGAACUUUCUGGGAAGUCCUGCUGCCGAGGAACUCCUGGCUCACCUUCAGCCCAGUUACUGGUUCUCUGCCCAUCUUCAUGUGAAGUUUGCUGCUGUUGUGCAGCAUCCGCCUAAAGGAAAUGCUGCCCCACGUGUGACCAAGUUCCUGUCUCUGGAUAAAUGUCUGCCAUACAGGGAGUUCUUGCAGGUUGUGGAUCUUCCAGACAGGCCAAGUUCAUCUGAGGGUCUAGAAUAUGAUCCAGAGUGGCUCGCAAUUCUGAAGGCUACCAACGAUCUACAGAGGACUACUCCUCAGCCCUGGAACCCCCCAGAGAAUAAUGGCUUGCAUGAAAGGUGGGACUUCACUGCUUCGGAAGAGGCCAUGAUGCAGGUGGUGGAGGAUCUGGGUGGAGAACUUGGCAUUUCAGACAACUUCAGCCAAACUGUUCCACCUUACAACCCCAGCAAUCCCCAACCACACAUCCAGCCAAGCCAUAGCACCAACCCUCAAACCACAGAGCUCUGUGCCAAGCUGGGCCUGACUGACAUCUACGCACAGGCCGGGCAGGAAGGAGGCGGUCUGGGCAGUACUCCGGGCAGCACUGGAAGGGGGGAGGAGGAGGAGGUAGAAGAUGGAAGUCUUGUGAGUGCAGAUGAGCCCAGUGAAUAUCCAUCUGACACUUCAGGACUGUCGAGCUCUUUUAACCCUGAUGAGAUCACUCUAGAGGAUGAAUGGGAGGAAGAGGAGGAUGAGGGGGGCUCCAAAGUAGUCACGGAGGCAGAUAAACCUUCUGACCUACAUACGCCCAGCCGAUUAGUUCUCCCUGAACCCAAAUCUGGUAUCUCACCCACACCUCCCUCCCACUCAACCCCAAAGUCCCACGAAUAUCGGUCAGAUGAACAGAAAGGAAGGUGCGACAGUGGUGAUGAAGAUGUCACAUCUCCACGCAUUCUGAAACGAGGCGUCACUGAAAGCGAGGAGAAGGGUGGCAGAAGCACGACGCUUAAGAUCAAACGCAGGAAUCAGGUGAUCUACCAGAGCCAUGAUGAUGAUGAGUGUGAUGCGUAAAGCUGAGGAAGAGGCAGCAGGUCCGCGUGGACUCCCGUAGCUCCUUGUGGUCAGUAGAACAUCACUUUGGUUUUACUACAAACGCCGUCUCAAGGGAGGCUCCGUACUACAAAUGAACCCAACAAAGGGUCACAGUGACGUUUCUGUCAAGUUUCAUUUUUUAGAAUUUUUAUCAACUCGACCUUUUUUAAACCGAAUGAUUUUUUUGUAUAUUUGGGUUUUAUUGCAUUGUUUAAUGAAGCUUGAAUAUAAGCAGCUUUUCCUAAAUCAACUGUCAUUUCAGUUGUUCGAGCAAAUAUGCAAACGUAGCUCCACUCUCACGACCCGGCCCGUGUUCGUCUCCUUGAAUGGGAGCAGUCGGAGGCUGUCGACCCCCGCCGAGGCUUCAUAGGGUCUAAACUUCAGCGUUAUGGUUCAGACCGGGCUUUUCUUCACAGGGCAUCCUCCAUUCAUAUAAACAUAUUUUUUUGUAAAAGUGUUAUUUUCCAGUUUUUUCUCCUGUAAAUUUUAUGUACUUUUGCUAAAAAAAAAAUCCUCUGGACACAAAUAUUUGUUUAAAUCAAAUAAAUUUAUAACACUGAUUAGAGUCCUUUAAAUGAUCCAUUCCAGGGUCACAGGUGUGCUCUGCUAGAACAAACAUACAUUUGUUAAAUUAAGACAAUAUAUUACAGUGUUUGACAACAUCUGUUCACAUCCACAGAGCCAGCGCGGCGUAGCCCGACGUCAGGGCAUCAUGUUCAUGUCUACAGAGCUAGAGAAAACUGGGAGUAGGCACUUCUGUUUUUCUCUUUCGUUUUCUUCGGCCGAGCCUUCUGACAGCUACACCACACCGCCAACGAACACCUAACCCAUCCAACAUCACCACAGCAACCCGGCCUUUGGACGCAGAGUUAGAGACAUUAACCAAAACAAGAACAGAAGAGAUCCAACGGGUUUAUUGUGAGCCUGGAGUUUGAGUCUUUUGUGCACCAACAAAACCUCUGAGCCUCAGAAAAUCAGUAUUCUGAUCCUUUACAUGCAAAAGAAAUAGGAUCUUACCUGCAAUAAAACCACUCACUUCAACUUGUAACCUGCCAGAUCAGGACGUCCACUUAAAGUAGGAAACCAGAUGUUCACACACUUCAUAUCUAUAGUGUUUCUGUACAAGAAGCCCUCAUCAACACUCAUGCAGCAUUCCCAACUGUUUAAAUCUGGACUACAGGGCAGGCUCUAGGGAUGCUGGAACACCUCACAGACAGGCCAGAGAGUCUAAGCUGUACAUAUUCACCACCCGGCGUGAUCGACAAACUGAGCUUUAGUUCUGGGAAGGUCGAGUGUGACAGGGGAAUCCCAGAAGUGCAAAUGUGGCAUUGUUCACAGCGAGUGAGGCAAAGCCAGCUUCAAGACGCCAAAAGCAACCUUCAUGUUGGGUUCUGUUCCUACUUUCUGUCCACUCGCCAACACGCGCUGUUCAGUCGGUUCUUUAUGCAACACGGCUGUAACUAAAAUAAUGCAAGGCUGACAGGAACAGAAAUUUCACAACCGGUACUAAAUACUACAACAGGCUUGCCACCAUCUCCCAUGUUCUUUAUUUUCCAUCUCCGUCUUUGCUUGGUUUUUAAAUGCACACACGCACCAUGUCUCUGUCCUCCAGCUGCCUCAUCUUUCUCCCUCCUUUGGGUGUCAGUGUGCUCGGACAGAAGGAUGAACCCAGUGUACAGGGGUGAGAGGACGCCAGGUUUCCCCCUCAUACGGCUCACCCCGGUGCACGGGUUGAAGGAGAAAGAUGACGGAGGAGCUGUGGCUUUGUGGAUGGGGAAAGCAGGCAGAGCUUGUAGAGGUCUAGUUCCCUCCGCAGCAGGCUCGGGUGGAUUGAGCAUCUGGGUCCUGCAGGUUGACUCCGCGAUGCCGCGCUGCAUGUGUUGGGUUCUGGGUGUCUGUUUUAGGCAUCUUUUUAGCUGAAGAAGAGAAAAGGAAGUGUGAUUAAAGAAAGACUCGUCUCCCCUCAGAGCAAACAAAUGACACUCAAAGAGUCUCACCAAUAGCCAAGAAGAUCUCGUUCACAUUCAUGGCCGUCUUGGCGGAUGUCUCCAUGAACAGUAAACUGGUGUCCUCAGCGUAUGCCUGAGCUUCCUGCAUCACAUGUUCAUUGGAAAAAGCAUGAAAUGCUUCCUGGGGCUGGCAACUCUCCUAUUCAAAUAACCCCGCCCCCUGAGAAUUCCAAACAAGCCAAUCGGCACUGAGCAGCAUACGUCACACACCUCGACCCUCAAAGAUGGCGUCUGAAGUGGAGUUCGCUGCGGCUCUUUCCUCUGCUCUAAAUGACUCGGAUGUCUUUAAAACCACAACAAGAAGAAGCGCUAAAAGACUCUUUUAAAGAAAGAUGUUUGCGGCUUUGCGCCACCGCCAGAUGCCAAAAACUACAGUGUGGCACGGUUCAGUCGGCAUUUCUGCCUUUUUUCUGAUUGGUUAUUUUUGAGCUGGCUAGUCCCGCCCCUCAUGUGCCUCUCUGCCUGUGAGUUACCAGACUCGUCUCUGUGUAGGUGAAGAUCAGCACCUCCAAAUCGGAGACCAUGGUUCUCAACCGGAAAAGGUGGCUUGCCAACUCCGGGUCGGGAGAGAGGUCCUACCUCAAGGGGAGGAGUUUAAGUAUCUCGGGGUCUUGUUCACGAGUGAGGGUAGGAGGGAUCGGGAGAUCGACAGGCGGAUUGGUUCGGCGUCUGCAGUGAUGCGGACGCUGAGCUGAUCUGUCGUGAAGAGGGAGCUGAGCCAGAAAGCCAGGCUCUCGAUUUACCGGUCGAUCUACGUCCCAAUCCUCACCUAUGGUCAUGAGCUUUGGGUAAUGACCGAAAGAACGAGAUCGCGGAUACAAGUGGCCGAAAUGAGUUUCCUCCGUAGGGUGACCGGGCUCAGCCUUAGAGAUAAGGUGAGAAGCUCGGACAUUCGGGAGGGACUCGGAGUAGAACCGCUGCUCCUCCGGAUCGAAAGGAGCCAGUUGAGGUGGUUUUGGCAUCUGGUCAGGAUGCCUCCUGGACGCCUCCCUGGGGAGGUGUUUCGGGCAUGUCCUGCCGGCAGGAGACCCCCGGGUCGACCCAGGACACGUUGGAGAGGUUACAUCUCCAAUCUGGUCCGGGAACGCCUUGGGGUCCUGCUGGUGGAGCUGGUGGAGGUGGCUGGGGAGAGGACGGUCUGGAACUCCCUAGUUGGGAUGCUGCCCCCCGCGACCCGGAUAAGCAGAGGAAGACGACGACAACGUCUCUGUGUAGAACAGACGAGUCUGGCAGGCCAGUGCUCUUUAUGCACAAAUACAAUUUCUCCAACUUGUCAUGGAGUGGGAGGUUAUUGCACAGUUUCCCUUUUACAGAGAAUAAUACGAGAAGAACUUCAGUACGUGGAAGAACCAGCCAUAGCCGGCCUGACAGCACAGUCCUUGAGCUUUAAAAAGAUGUAAUCUGCAAAACAACCAAGCUAAGAUCUGAUGGGGUUUAGGAGUGUGUUACCUCAUACUCCACAAGUCUCUUCUCAGCCAGGUCGGCUUUGUUUCCAGCCAGGGCGAUAACAAUGUUAGGACUAGCCUGUCUCUGCAGCUCCUUAACCCAGGCCUUGGCUCUCUCAAAGGUCUCCUGCACAAACACAUCCAGAGGUCAAAGAUGCCCAGUGUGAACUGUUCAUACGUGUAGUAUCAUAACACUGUCUAGAAUUGGUUUUCCCAGCAUAAAUUCACUAAGAAUUUCAUCUGUGGAAGGUAGGCAUCAGUCUCAGUCUGACCCGUACCGGUUUGGUGAUGUCAAACACAACGAUGGCAGCCUGAGCUCCACGGUAGUACAUAGGAGCCAGGCUGUGGUACCGCUCCUGGCCUGCAGUGUCCCAGAUCUCAAACUUCACUGUGGUAUCAUCUAGACACACCGACUGAGCCAAGAACGCAGCUGGACACGUGGAAAAGAGCAGCAGGUCAACAUGUUUCUAUAAACUAGACAAUAAUCACCUGAUCAAACUCUCACCUCCUAUGGUCGUCUCCUGAAACUCAUCAAACUGUCCCUUGACGAAGCGAAGGACCAGGCUGGACUUGCCCACGGCCAUGUCUCCAAGCAGCACCAGCUUGAACUGGCAGAUCUUGGUCUGCGGUAAUGCGCCGUUGGAGCGGCCACCACUCCCUCUGGAGCUCAUACUGACCUGUGCAGGAGACGGCUGGGGAGAUGGGCCUCCUCCCUCAAAUGGGGGGGGGGGGGGGGGGUGAUUGGUCACUCAAGUAGCCCCCCAAAGCUGGGCUGUGUUAAUGGAGACUCGACUUCUGUUGUCUCUGGUUGGAAACAAAGGAAGCUACAUGAUAUCUGAAAUGCAGUGAAUAAACGCUGCGGAUCCAGCUGUCCCUGUGCGGACAUCACACUUCCUUUCCAACUCUUACAUCUGUGCAAACUGCUUUCUUCAUCUGCAGUCAUGAUACAGCUAUAGCUUAAAAACAAAAGCACAAGUUGAUUGUUCAGCUUUAGAGCUGCUUUAUUUAAAGGUGAUGUGAGGCAAGGUCCAAAUGUUGUUAAACACAGUCCAAGGUCUGUUCUCAGAAUUUAGCAGGUUUAUAAACAACAACCAAAACUUUCAGCUGCCUUCAAAAAAUCACAUAAGAGCCGGCCCUGCAAGUCAUACCUGCUCAGCCAGGUCUCUGCAGCUUUAUUCGACUGCUCUUCCUAGAACUACCAAUCAAACAUAAACUGUACUGCAGUAUUUAUGUGGAUGUUGUUUAAUUUCUUUACUUCCAGUAGGAUUAAGCCUUUCACAAACACCCAGAGAAAUCAGUUUCAGUAUGUGCUUGUUUUGCUUUUUAGCUUCUCUAGACUUUUUAGCCUGAAGUUCAGCAAACAGUCAGAUUACAGUCACCUGUUCUCACAAUGUGCAGGAAUUCCAACUCUCUUAUUCUUAUCCAAACAACAGAAGCCGAUUUCUGUGCACCUCUGGUUCGGUUCUGGACUCUGACUCUCCGAUGACAACACCUCAAAUCUUUUUUCCAACCAUUCUGUUAUAGACUUGCCUCUUUCUGUGAUUGAGUCACUGUCCUGCUGCUUAACCCACAUUGGUCUGAGCUUUAGUGAUUUGACUUUAGUAUUAAGAGGCAGUCAUGGUUGACUCAGGCUAGGUUGCCAGGUUGUGUCUGUAAACAGGCCCAAAUCAUUAGCCCUCCACCACCUUGCUGUAAGCUGGCAUGUACUAGUUUUAUUCAGACUUGGUGUUGUAUUAAUGGACAAACAUUCCCAGUUUACCCCAGUCUGUUCAGAGAAUAACAUUUAGAAAUCUCGCAGUUUGUUUAAAGUCUAAAGAAAUCUAGGCCAAACUACUGAGAACUUAUUCAGGAAGAAGGACCCUGCACCUUCAGCCCUUACAUGUCCUGUAACGGUAUGGGCAUGCUACCUGGGCUGUAAAGUCUGGAUGGCUUUUCACCCCAACCAGACCUUGAUCUCAUCCACUCGUGAGAAGGCUGGGAAGCAAUCGUUAAUGACAUCACUCCUCCUUACUGUUAACACACGCAUGUUCCGUAGGAGUCCACCAAAGCUUGUACCGAUUACCUGUGUGUCAGUAAAUGCGUGUGAUUAGCAGCUCCAUAACCAAAACACGGAGCGAGAAUCUCGGUCCGUAGGUAAAGGCUAAAUGUUUAAUAAAAGUCAGAAAACAGCAAAGGUCGGACAUGGUCGCUUUAGAUGUACCGUUGAGACGUGUGCGGGACUACGGGCCCAACACCACGGUUCCUCUGUCAAUGAUCGGUAUCGUAUCUGUCACAGAGAGCUAGCUAGUCUCCGCCGGUGGCUUUACACAAGACGACAUUUAAAAUUACGCUUUAUGUUUCGACGCCCAGUGAAACACACCGAUCUCGGACGGUUUACCGGAAUAACAUGCUCCCCUUAAGGGAAAAACGUGAGUUUUACCGUCCGAGGAGCUGUUCCAGCGGUAGCAGGUGUCGCAGCCUCUCUGUUGACUAUCAGCUGGUUACACUUCCGGUACCGCGGCGCAUGCGCUCUGAGUGCUUCAUUGUCAAAACCAGGCGCAGCAAACGUCAAUAAUGGUUGACUUUUGGAUUUUUAUGUCGACGUGCGCAUCAUGGGGUGGAGGGAUCCUCGCGUGUGUAAACUCCAUCCACCCGGUUCUCAGCAA